AUGGCCGCCUCCACCAUGUCCAUCUGCUCCAGCGCCUGCACCAACUCCUGGCAGGUGGACGACUGCCCAGAGAGCUGCUGUGAGCCCCCCUGCGGCACCCCCAACUGCUGUGCCCCAGCCCCCUGCCUGACCCUGGUCUGCACCCCAGUGAGCUGUGUGUCCAGCCCCUGCUGCCAGGCGGCCUGUGAGCCCAGCCCCUGCCAAUCAGGCUGCACCAGCUCCUGCACACCCUCAUGCUGCCAGCAGUCUAGCUGCCAGCCGGCUUGCUGCACCUCCUCCCCCUGCCAGCAGGCCUGCUGCGUGCCCGUCUGCUGCAAGACUGUCUGCUGUUCCUGCCAUGUGCCUGUCUGCUGCAAACCUGUGUGCUGCGUGCCCACCUGCUCUGAGUCAUCCUCUUCAUGCUGCCAGCAGUCUAGCUGCCAGCCGGCUUGCUGCACCUCCUCCCCGUGUCAGCAGUCCUGCUGUGUGUCCGUCUGCUGCAAGCCUGUCUGCUGCAAGUCCAUCUGCUGUGUACCUGUUUGCUCUGGGGCUUCCUCUCCGUGCUGCCAGCAGUCUAGCUGCUAGCCAGCUUGCUGCACCUCCUCCUGCUGCAGACCCUCCUCCUCUGUGUCCCUCCUCUGCUGCCCUGUGUGCAGGCCCGCCUGCUGUGUGCCCAUCCCCUCCUGCUGUGCCCCUGCCUCCUCCUGCCAACCCAGCUGCUGCUGUGCAGCCUCCUGCGUGUCCCUCCUCUGCCGCCCCGUGUGCUCCCGCCCAGCCUCCUGCAGCUUUUCCUCAGGCCAAAAGUCUAGCUGCUGA